AUGAUUAAAUUUGAUGAUCCUGAACAAUAUCGUUCUUUACCUUCAAUAAUAUUACAAAAUAAAACUAUACUUUUUUCUAAUUUACCUGAUAUUUAUGCAUUUCAUGCAACAUCAUUUCUUCGUGAUCUUCAACAAAUUUAUAAUGAUUCAUUAUUAAUUAAUACAUAUUCAAUUGGAAGUGCUAUCGCUUCAUGUUUUAUUAAACGAAAAUCAAAUUUUAAAUUAUAUGAACAAUAUGUUCUUAAUAAAUCUCAAUCUGAACAUAUAUGGGAACAAUAUUGUUGUGGACAUUCAUUUUUUACAGUAAAUUUAUAUUGAAAAUUUUG